GGGCAGAGGCACGUGAACACGGUUCCACAAAAGAAAAAGAGAGAAAAAAUCACAGCUGCUCUGCUCUUAAGCCUCGUAUUAUGAAAAAGCAGUCCAAAUUCCUAAACAACCGUCUCUUCCCAACCUUAUAUAAGUACCACCACCAUCAGUAUCUUCUUGCGGUCUCCUUCACGAAGCUUAGGUAUAUUUUUUCGUUUAGCUCUCUGCUUAUAUUAUAUAUAUAUAUAUAUAUAUAUAUAUGAACAACCCAGCUCUGUUUUUCUGAGAGAAUUGAAGAUCAGUCAAUUGCACACCAAGAGAAAUGAAGAGGCAAAGACGUGUGGAUGUUGGUGGUGCCACCAUGGAUCAAGGAUCAAGGUUUGAGGGUACAACAGCAACAACAACAACAAUGACAAUGGCAAGCAAGAAGGCUAAGAAAACGAUUGACAAGGCUGCAGGGAAAGAAGAUGUGAGGAUCGACGGUGGAAAUCAUCAGUUGGGUUUGGUGGCCGCUGAGAAUUUGAUGGCCGGGGAGGAGAAUUACUGGGGUUGUUUGAGUGGUGCUGUGGUGGAUGAGCACAUGUCAUGGGGUUCAAUUUGGAUGCCAUUUUGGGAUGUGGAGUUCAUGGGCGAAGCUCAUUAUGGCUUGUUCAGUGAUGUGAUUUGGGAUGAUGACAUUUGGGGGUUAAGAACCACCAAAUAGGUACCGAAUCCGUGAGAGAAAGACAGAGAGAUUUGUAUUUAUCUUGUUCAGCUUUUUGUAUAAGAAAUUAGUCAUUUUCGUUCCGACUUGGCUUUACACAGGCCAUCCAAUUGUAAUCUUUGUGUUGCAGACCAUGCAAAUACGUGUUUGAUCAUAAUAUAUAUAGCAGCCAAGUCUGAAACGAAAUUGAUUGAUUCAAUUCGAAAACUUGAAAUCAGAAAUUAACAUGGCAUGUGUAUCA